GUAGAACUUUCCUCAGUGAAAUCGACAGAGCACAUUUCAACAGAAAUAAAGAAGUGAAGUGAAGCUGAAUUUCAUUCCAGGAUGAAGAUCCUCCUCAUCGUCACUCUCUACCUGAUCUCAGGUCCAGUAGACUGUUCUGAUGUGAUUGGUUACUCAGGAGGAAGUGUCAUUAUAAUUUCUAACAUACAAUGGUAUGCACACAAUAGUAAAUAUAUUUGUAAGAUGGAAGGAAACGACUGCACUGAUAAAAUACGUGCUGAUACCAAACGCAGCAAAGUUCAAGAUGGAAGAUUCAUGUUGUAUUCAAAUACAAAAAAUUAUUUCUUAGUAUUGAUCAGAAAGUUGAAGCCACAGGAUGCUGGAACAUACAGAUUUGGAUUGGGGAAUCAGAGUAACUCCACUGUGAACCUAAAAGUUCUUAAUAAUGCAUCUUGUGGGGUGCCAAAAAUAAUGAAUGCUUAUCUUGGCCAGAAAAUCACCAUCACCUGUAACUACCCAGGGGAGUAUGAGAGAAUCUACAAAUAUCUCGACACAGUGGAUGAUGACAGUAUGAUUAAAAACGUUUUGAAUACUAACACAAACCUGAAGAACGGCAGAUUCUCCAUUUCUGAUGACAGAAAUGCGAAAGUUCUCCGUGUGAACAUCAGCGACGUGAGAGAAACUGAUGAAGUAUUUUAUUUGCUUGGCGUGUCCAUUGGAGACGGGUCAGUCAGAUAUUACUCCUACUUCAUCGAGAUGUGGCUACAUGUUACAGGCGUGAGCGCAACCGUUCAACCAGUAACAGGCACCUACACGAUGACAUCAGCAGCACCGACAGAAACUCCAGUGUGUUUCAGUUCCACUGCCAUCAUCAUCAGUGUGUGUGUCAGUGUGUGCGUGUGUCUGCUGCUGAUUGGAGGAUUUGCACUGGUGAUCUACAAACUGAGACAAAAGAGAACACAAGAUUAUACGCCUUCAUCAAAGAGUAAAGACAAUAAACAAGUUGCGUCUGAUUUUCAUGCUGAUACAGCUAAUUUGUAUGAAAACUUGAGAAUGAAUGCAAUAUGAAACUCUUUUUGUGUGUGUUUUUGCAUUAUUUUUUGUGCAUUGUAUAUGUGAUAGUGGGAAGUUUUAUGAAUCUUAUUACUAUACCUAUAUAAAUAUUAUUUCUGUAGAAUGACUGAUACAUAACAUUAUCAUCAUUAUUAUCGAUAGUCGUACGAUGAUGUUACCCUGUUUUAUUCUGGUCUGUUAUUAGAAGUUACUUUAUGAUAGUUUAAAUAUGAACCUGUCUCUUGCUAAGCUGUUAUCAGGGAAGACAUUUAAUGCUGUAAUCUAAUUCAGCAUCUUGUAUGUUCUGUUUUGAUUA